ACUUAUUUGGUGAGAGCCUCUUCCACGUUGGACUAGAACUCGAGGCUUGUAACAUUUAACUGUAAGCCAGUUGGACUGUUGGUGAGGCCGAAACCAAGACAUCAAAGCAGGUUACAAAGUUCAGAGAACAGCAGCAACAACAAUCACAACCGCCAGCGUUCACUAUUUCCCUCAAUCCAAAAAUACUUGAAAAUUGGAAUUUUUAAAGCAACAUUUUGCUACCUUAUCAGAAAAUCAGUGUGUGGUGUAGCGAUUAGGAAAGGGAUUCGGUUGGGAUUGGAAAGAGCUGAUUCAAACCGGCACUGUACCAUGAAAACAUACUAGGUGAUCUUGGGCUAGUCAUACACUCUCGGUCUAAUUUACCUCGCUGGGUGGUUUUGAGGAUAAAAUGAAGGAGAAGAGAAGGAAGAUGUGAGCCCCUUUGGACAGGAAAUCAAGAAAAUAAAUUAAUGCUUGGAGGGUGGACUCUGGGGUUAUACUCCGCUGAGGUCCUUCCCCUCCCCUUAGCCUGUUUUCCCCAGGGUAUGUCCCCAAAUCUCCAGGAGUUUCCUUACCCAGAGUUGGCAACGAUAGUUAGUAGCAACAACAAAAGAAGUACAUACUUAGCCAGAAAAUGAAAAGGGACUUCAGAACACAUCUUCGAUAUUUGUUUAAAUAAGUCCUAGGACACCUUCCCCACCAUAAAUGCUGUUUCUCACAAAAAGUAAUGCUGCAAAUCGCUGUACAUCUACUGUUGUACAAAAUGCACUAUGCUAUAUGCUUGAUAACUUUCUGCACGCUUAAAACGGCAGGUUUUAUAUGAAAGCGCAAAGGCCACGAAGUUUUUUGUUUCGUUUGGCAUACAAUUUGACCAUACAGCAACAGCUUUUUGCAUUUACUGUGCUAACGGUGCCCUCCAACGGAUGCAUAGCCAGCAUGACAAUAUUCUCAACUUGGAUCUGACGAAGGGCGCGCUAGACCACUAAAAUUUAUGCCGGAAUAAAACAUUGUUAGCAUUUAAGGUUCCACAUUUUUGGUGCAAUCGCCUAACGGGUUCCUUCAGGCAGCACAAGACUUUUGCUCUUGGCUGCAGUAGAAUAACACAACUGGCUAUCUUUCUAGGGUGGAUUUGAGGGAGUCUUAUCUAGCUGUUAUUGUGUUCUUUUGCCCUAAAAAAGUAAAGGGCACAGUGAUCUGAAAACAUUGGAAUAAUAAGGUCCGCAGCCCCAGACCAGGAACUAGCGUCGGGAAACUGUAGCUCCGUCUUAACGCCGCCCAGACUUUUGCCCUUUGUUAAGAUGGCGGCGGGAGCUGCCGUUGCUUCUUCCGGGAGUCCCUAAAGGAUCUUUUAGGGCUGCUGGUGGGGUGCAAUAAGACACCGGCAAAGAUGGCGGGGAUAGGGGGAAGUUCCCCCAGUAUCGUGGAGUAUUUCGGAGGAGAAGACGGCUACCGCUGUGGCUACUGCAAGGACAAUACGGGCAAUUUCUCUUACGGCAUGUGGGCACAUUCUAUGACUGUUCAAGAUUAUCAAGAUCUUAUAGACAGAGGAUGGCGAAGGAGUGGAAAAUAUGUUUACAAGCCCAUUAUGAAUCAGACAUGUUGUCCUCAAUAUACCAUAAGAUGCCAGGCUUUGCAUUUCCAACCUUCUAAAUCACAUAAGAAGAUUCUGAAGAAGAUGCUGAGAUUCCUAACACAAGGAGAAACUUCUAAAAUAAACAGUGAAGCAGAACCCAUGGAUUCCCACACAGAAGAUACUGCAUGCAAUUUUUUGUUAAAAAAUCAACCAGACACCAGCCAGUCUGAACUAGAACCUCUCAGUACUUAUACAGAAAAAGUGGAGAGUGAAGAGGAAGAAAUAAAAGAAGAAAUAAUUCGAAAGACAGACUCUGGACAUACUGAAUCCUGUAAUGAGAAAGAUAAUGCCAAUUUGAGCAAGUCACUGGAUCGAGCUAAAGUUGGUCAUACACCUCCCAAGCCAGGCAAAGGAGCAGACUUGAGCAAACCUCCUUGUCGUAAGGCCAGGGACAUACGGAAGGAACAGAAGUUGCAGAAACUCCUUCAGAGCCAGAAAGGGAACCAUGCACUUGAAGAAGAAGCUCAGAUUGCUCAGAAGUCUAAGCCUAAAGCAAACCAAACAAAAUCAAUUGAAGACUUCAUUUUUAUCACCUUGCCUCCUGAAGCUGUGCACCAGUUAGAGGUGAGGCUGGUGAGAUCAUCUCCACCAAGUUCCCAGUUCAAAGCCACAUUUCAGGAGUCUUACCAGGUCUAUAAACGUUAUCAGAUGGUUAUUCACAAGGACCCACCUGAUAAACCAACCGCCAGUCAGUUCACAAGAUUCCUCUGUGAUUCUCCACUUGAGGCAGAAAAUCCACCCAAUGGCCCUGAUUGUGGCUAUGGUUCUUUUCACCAGCAAUAUUUGGUGGAUGGAAAGAUAGUUGCUGUGGGUGUCAUUGACAUCCUUCCAAAGUGUGUCUCCUCUGUGUAUCUCUACUAUGAUCCCGAUUAUUCCUCUCUGUCUUUAGGAGUCUACUCUGCUUUACGGGAAAUUGUUUUUACUAGGCAACUUCAUGAACAAGCUGCUGACCUAAGCUAUUACUACAUGGGAUUUUAUAUUCAUUCUUGUCCAAAAAUGAGAUAUAAGGGCCAAUAUAGACCUUCUGAUUUGUUGUGUCCAGAAACAUAUGUCUGGGUACCCAUUGAGCAGUGCCUGCCUUCUCUUGAGCAUUCAAAAUACUGUCGCUUCAAUCUGGAUCUCAAAGCAGUUGAUGAAGGAGGUGUGAAAGAACUCAAUCGAGUUCGAAUUCUUCACAAGAGAACGGUCAUGCCUUACAACGUGUAUAAGAGAAGGCGAAAGGGGCCCAGUGAUGAAGAAAGUGUUCAACAGUAUGCCACUUUGGUGGGACAGGCAUGUUCAGAGCGAAUGUUGCUGUUUAAAAGCUGAAAUAUUUGUUCUGUGGAGAUCUUCUGUCCUACUGCUAGAUUGUACCCAUUAUGGUUUGUGUUGAUAAGCCUAUUUAUUCAGACUAGGGAUGUAUAACAUGUCUCUUUAUGGUGACUGAAAUAUUUACAAGAUGUGACACUUAUAUAUAUUUCUGUUACCAUAAAGCAAGAUAUAAUUUUUCACAUAUACCAGGAGUCUGUCAGAAUAUAAAAAUCACUAAAUUGGUUUUAUUUCACACACCUAUCUCCUUUUGUGCAUUUGGAGAAUCAAACAAUAGGGAGUUAAUAAGUUUUUCAUGCAUAGCUUUGUAUAUAUCUAUGAGGCAGAAUUCUUAUAGGAAACUGGCUACUAAAAAGUGUGGACAUAUACUACAAACUUUUUUUCAUUUACUAUUGUUGGGGGAUUAUUGCAUUUGCAUGCAAACAUUAUGGAGAACCCAACCCCGUGCAGAUCAGUGGGAAAACCAGGGCAAAUUUUUCAGGCUGUAGACUUUCUUGACAUGGCAUAGUAUUUAUUCUCUUGCAUUAUGGUAUAAAUUCAAGUAAUAAAAUUCUGCCAGUGUUUUAGACCUUCACUGCAAAUUGUAAUGUUUGUUUUAAAUCGCGUCUACAAUAAUAUUUGAAGAGACAAGGAACUUGGAGGUUGGAGCUGGUUUUGGAAUUGAUACUCUGGGAAAUAUUUGUUAUUUUGUUAUUAAAUUCAAGGAUAGGCUUGUGAUCAAAUUACCAAAGAUAAUUAUUUAAACAAGGCAACAAGUCUAUAAGUGGGUAUAGUUUUGUAGACAAGUGGUGGCAUCCUGAUUUGCAUCACAGGUUUUUGGUGUUUGCAUUCAUUACAGAAUUCUGGGAUUCCAAUUCUAGCAACACGAAGUCCAACAUGAAGGAAGGAUACUUUUGUUUAAAAAAUAAGCAAUUGAAAAGUGUAACUGAAUUGUCUUUGCAUAACCAGCACUGCAAAUGUCAUGUGAAUUUUCUUUCAUUAAAAUGGUGAGAUUCAACUGUAAA